CUUUAUUUUCCUCCUCCGCGUCAAGUGUGAGCGCUCUGUUGGACGAUAGCAAUUCAGCUUUCACUUCUGGACUUGACACUCGCGACGUCUGCUCGUUACACCCGUUAUUCAUCAAACAGGAAUUUUAGUCGCUAGUGGCUGAAGUUGACUGAAUAUGGUGCGAAUUGGAGGCGUUUUGAAGAUGGCAGCGGUGAUCUCCACCUUCAUCCUCGCCAUCUAUCUGGUGUUCCAACUGCUGGAGAUAAGGGUGGAUUUCCAGCUGGGAAGCAUGCUGAGCAGAUCGGUUUCCAUAAAAGACGGAUCCAAACCAGUUGGGCACAAAUGUGGACUUUCCAAGGCGUGUCCCGUCGGUCAGUUUGCCUUCAAGAUGGCGAGUGGCGCGGCCAGCGUGGUUGGGCCCAAAAUGUGCCUGGAGGACAAAAUGCUCAUGAGCGCCGUGAAGAAUAACGUGGGACGAGGAAUCAACAUUGCUCUUGUCGAUGGAAGAACAGGAGAGCUGAACAAAACUGACUCCUUCGACAUGUGGUCAGGAAACGUGGCUCCCCUCAUCCAAUUCCUGAAGGAAAUCAAGGAAGGGACGGUGGUCAUGAUGGCAUCCUUCGAUGAUCCAGCCACCAAGCUCAACAACGAAGCACGGAAGCUGAUCGCUGACCUGGGAAGCUCGGCCAUCAACAAUUUAGGAUUCCGGGAUAACUGGAUCUUUGUCGGAGGGAAAGGCAUCAAGACCAAGAGUCCAUUUGAGCAGCACAUCAAAAACAAAGCAGACACCAACAAGUUUGAGGGCUGGCCGGAAGUCCUCGAAAUGGAAGGCUGCAUUCCUCGCAGGGAGGACUGACAACCCCCUAACCCCUGUCGGAGACUCCUCAUCUGAGACGAGCCACCGUUUUCCGUCAUGUCAGACCGUUUACCGCCGACAAUCUUUGAAAGGGCUCGCGGUGGGGCAGCACGCAGG